AUGGACCCUAAUAUUCUUACCCAAUUAUCUCUAAAUAUUCUAAAAGCCUUUGGAACCCGAAAUUCUUCUUUCGUCUUCUCUCCAGUGUCCAUUUUAUUAUCUCUGGCUAGCCAAAAUUUAACUGAAAAAUAUAUUCCUGGAAUUUCAAAUAUCCAAGAAACGGCUCUAAAAUUCUCUACUCAAAAAACAGAUUCUUACAGAUUAGAUUGGCAAUACCAGCUUAACGAAUUUCGUGUCAGAGAAAUGAGCAAUGGUUUGAAAAAUUUGAAAUUUCUGAAAAUGAACAUAAAGGAUAAUUUAUUAUUGUCUUGUGAUGAUCUUCUGGCCAGAUAUACAAUAAAUGAGGAUAUAGAGGUUUUGGAACUUCCAUUAUCUGAAGAGCCAGAGAAAUUCGUUGCGUUUAUUCCAAGGAGCAAUGGGAAUAUAUCGGAAUUAAUUGAGAACCUGACGACGUCUAAAUUCCAAGACCUCCUCUACAAACUGUCUUCCGAAUUCGUCAAUUUUGAAAUUCCAAUUUUCAAAAUUAAAUCCAAUCUACAGUAUCCCGUUCCAAACAUUUUCCAAUUCGAAAUUCCGGACAAGACGGAGGAAGAAGUCAUGAGAGACCCUGGUUUUAUAAAGAGACCUUGUGAAACGAUUCCUAUUCAUUUAUAUCUGAAUCGCCCAUUUUUGUUUUCAGUGAUUGUUGAAAAAGAUCCUAUUUUGAUGGGAGUGUUUAAUGGCUUUUGA